CUUUCUUGGCAGUUUGACAAUGACGCGCUCAAGCUGCUAAGCUCAAACCUAGCUUCCUUGUUCAAUCAUCGUGGUCCGACUUCUCGGAUACACCACAGCAUUCAUCGGGCUCCUGCUGUAUAGCAUAAUGGCUUGGCGCUGUUCUGGUCGCACCAAUGCAGACCUCAUCGCAAACAUGCACACAGCACGAAUUAUCACAACAGACAGAGUGAAGGAGGCCAUGACGAAAGUUGACCGUGCCAACUAUGUCAUGCGCAAAUCGGAGGCGUAUGAAGACUCGCCUCAACCUAUCGGGCACGGCGCAACCAUAUCUGCACCACACAUGCACGCGCAUGCAAUCGAGCACCUUCUCGACUAUCUUGGCCCAGGCAAGCGCGUCCUCGAUGUCGGCAGUGGGUCCGGCUACCUUUGUGCCGUACUCCACCACCUCGUCCCGGGCGGUAUUGUCGUAGGCAUUGAUCACAUCCCCGAAUUGGUUGAUUGGUCAAGGGAUAAUCUUCGCAAAGAUGGACUAGGGCCCGCUCUCGACAAGGGCGAGAUCGUCAUGGUCACUGGCGAUGGCCGUCAAGGAUAUAGCGACCUUGCCCCAUACGAUGCAAUUCAUGUCGGUGCCGCUGCGCCGACAAUCCCACAGCAGCUGGUAGAUCAACUCAAGGGCCCUGGACGGAUGUUCAUACCAGUUGGGACAUUUGCUCAACAGAUCGUGCAAGUCGACAAGGACGAGAAGGGUAACGUCACAAAGAAGAAUUUGAUGGGGGUCAUGUAUGUCCCCCUUACGGAUGCAAAGGGGCAGCAGAGAAGCUACUGAGAAGGUCCAGGAUUGUACGUUUAAGAUCGGAAGGGGACUCACUCGAACGAAUGCAGUGCUUUUUGUUGUUUUUCAUGUACUCUUUCAACUAAUCACCAAGUUGUACUAUCAUCAGUCAUCAUCGAUUAUAUUAAUCGUGC